AUGGCGUCACAGGUCAAGACAGGGGUUUUCCAAACAAUGGAAACGGUCUCCGAGACAAAUGUUCUCAUCAGAGACCAAGUAUACGGCGAACACAGUAUCACCGAAACCGUACUUAUACAUCUCCUCCGAAGCCCAGAGUUAUUGCGCCUCAAGGGUAUCUGUCAACACGGAGUCACUACAUUCCUCGGAUUCGGGCCCAAAGUCACCCGCUUCGAGCACUCAGUCGGUGCCUUUCUACUAGUGCGCACCGUAGGAGGCAGCGUGGAAGAACAGAUUGCCGCCUUGCUGCACGAUAUCAGCCAUACCAGCCUUAGCCAUGUCGUUGACGACGCGCUAUCCAAGCCCGGAGAAGAAAGCUACCACGAAGUGCACAAAAGUAGAUUUUUAAAAACCACACAGUUGCCUGAUAUUCUCACAGAAUAUGGCUUUGGUAAUCUCAAGGCCCUCGAAGAAGAUCUAUUCCGGCUGGUUGAAAUGCCAGCACCACACCUCUGUGCCGAUCGACUCGAUUACGCUCUUCGUGACGCACUAGCUUUCGAAAAACUUAGCCUUAACCAAGUAAGAGAAAUAUAUCAAUCCACGAAAGCAUUCCCAUCCGCCUCUUCUCAUAACCGCCUGCUUGUCCUCGAGGACCAAAACCACGCACUUAUUCUCGCUCGGGCAUACCAAGCCACAGACCGAGACGUGUGGUCUAACCGGGCUCAGGCAAAUCUUUACAAGCGAACCGGUUCGAUAAUCAGAGACCUGGUUCAUUCAGGCCGUGUGAAAGAAGAGGCGCUUUGGAAAUUAUCAGAUGAAGAUUUCUGGACCUUGCUGCGCCAGCAGGCGACACCUGAGAUUUUGAGCGAAAUGAACGCAAUGGAAAGCCAAGGUCUUCCAGAUGAGGAGGAGUUGCGUUUGCCGAGAGAUGCUAAGAUUCGAACAAUCGAUCCGGAUAUUUACCAGGGUCCGCAGAAUGAUCCUUUACCUUUGUCGGUUGUUCUUCCGGAAUGGGAUAUUGAGCGUCGGGAAUACAUUCUCAGUAGGGAGUCUGAGCGAGAAUAG